AUGAGAGCAGCGAUUUCCAUCUUUGGAUUUCUGGCCUUCCCCAGCGCGUACGCGCAGUGGGAUCCGUCGCGCUACCUCUACUUCACCAGCGCAGGUAACGGUAUCAGUUCCUCGCUCCCUUUGGGCAAUGGCCGCCUAGGCGCCGCCGUCUACGGGUCUGCCACUGAAAAGGUUACGCUGAACGAGAACUCGGUCUGGAGCGGCCCAUGGCAGGAUCGCGGAAAUCCAAAAUCCAAAGGUGCCCUUGCUUCCAUCAGGCAGAAGCUGCUAAAUGGGGACCUGUCUGAUGCGGGAGCGUUGGCGCUGGACUCCAUGAGUGGGAAUCCGACGAGCCCGAAACAGUAUCAUCCGACAGCGGAUCUGGGCAUCGAUUUUGGGCAUGGGAGCUCGCAAUUGAGCAGUUAUACCAGGGUUCUGGAUACGUUACAUGGGACAGGUUGGGUCACGUAUACGGCUGGUGGAGUCAACUAUACACGAGAGUACGUUGCAAGUUAUCCUGCUGGAGUUCUUGCAUUCAGAAUCACCUCCCGCCCAGCAGGGAGGUUGAAUGCAACAAUAUCUCUAACGCGCGCCCAAGGCGUUCAGUCUCAGUCAGCGUCAACUUCGGGAGGCAACUCGAUUACGCUGAAGGUGAACAAAGACAGUCUUCCGUUUACUGCCGAAGCGAGAGUCGUAAAUGAUGGCGGAGCCGUCCGUGUGGCAUCAGACGGAAAGAGCCUCUCAGUGAGCGGCGCCACAACGAUUGACAUCUUCUUCGACGCGGAAACUUCGUACAGGUACUCGAGCCAGAGCGCUUGGGAGGCCGAGCUGAAGAAGAAGCUCGACAACGCAGUCAAAGCGGGAUAUGAGGCCGUUCGAGCCGCUGCAGUCGCAGACGCCUCAGAAAUUCUCGGCCGCGUGGAUCUUGACCUGGGUUCAUCCGGCGCCGCAGGAAAUCAACCCGUCCCAACCCGGCUCUCCAACUACAAGAAGAGUCCAAACGCAGAUCCCGAGCUCGCGACACUGUACUUCAACUAUGGCCGCCAUCUACUACUCGCAUCCUCGCGGGACACAGGCGAGCGCUCACUCCCAGCGAACCUUCAGGGUAUAUGGAACGACCAGUACAGCCCGCCGUGGCAGAGUAAAUAUACCAUCAACAUCAACUUGGAGAUGAACUACUGGCCUGCGCUGACAACCAAUCUGGCGGAAACGAAUAAGGCACUUUUCGACUUGAUAGACCUCGCCAGGUCCCGUGGUGCAGCCAUGGCUACGAAAAUGUACGGCUGCAACAGCGGGUUUGUUUUGCAUCAUAAUAUCGACUUGCAUGGAGAUGCCGCGCCCGUCGAUAAGGGAACGCCCUAUACAAUCUGGCCCCUCGGUGGGGCAUGGCUAUCGAUGCAUCUCAUGGAACACUUCCGAUAUACGCAGGAUAAGGCAUUCCUGCGGGAUCGCGCAUGGCCAGUCCUCAAACAGGCGGCCGAGUUCUUCUACUGCUUUCUCUUCAUGGACGGCGCGUACUACGUGACUGGCCCGUCAAGCUCACCUGAGAACACCUAUAUCGUCCCGUCCAACCAGCAGACGGCGGGUCGAUCGGAGGGUAUUGACAUUGCGCCGGCAAUGGAUAACCAGCUGCUCUGGGAACUAUUCACCAACAUCAUCGACGCCGCAAAGGUACUCGGCAUAACGGGCACCGAUCUGACGAACGCGGAGAAGUACCUCUCCAAGAUCAAGCCCCCACAGGUUGGCUCGAAAGGACAGAUUCUCGAAUGGCGGAGUGAGUAUAAGGAAGGCGAGCCGGCACAUCGGCACAUGAGCCCCCUCUUCGGCUUAUUUCCAGGUUCACAGAUGACACCACUCAAGUCCAAAACCUGGGCUGAUGCAUCCAAAGUCCUUGUCGACGGGCGGAUGCGUGCUGGCUCAGGCAGCACGGGCUGGUCACGCGUUUGGGUGAUCAACCUCUACGCUCGACUGUUCCAGGGCGCAACUGCGUGGUCCAAUACCGUGACCUUUCUGCAAACGUACCCUCUUGAUAACCUCUUCAACUCGGGCGAGAAUCGCUGGUUCCAAAUCGACGGAAAUUUCGGCUUCACGUCCGGAAUUGCCGAGAUGUUGUUGCAGAGCCACGCGGUUGUGCAUCUACUGCCUGCGCUGCCGGCGUCGGCGGUGCCCAAAGGCAGUGUGAAGGGGCUUGUUGCGAGGGGGAACUUUGUCGUAGAUAUUGAGUGGAGUGGCGGGUUGAUGACAAGGUCUACAGUGACGUCGAGGAGUGGAGGGCAGUUGGCAUUGAGGGUUGAGAGCGGGGCGGAGUUUCUGGUCGAUGGGAAGGCGUAUACGGCGCCGAUCAAUACGACUGUCGGGGCAAAAUAUGUCAUUACCAGGAAAUGA